AAGAGUGGAGUUCCUUCACUCUGAUCAGAACAAGAAGGAGAGGGAAGCAGGGAAGGGAAGAUAGAGGUUUAUCUCUUGGCCUGUUGGAUUUCAGGUGCGUUUUAAUGGCAGGUGGUUGGACACUCCUGGUGCUGGACUUGGAUGAAUGUGUGGCGUACGAUGAUCCGGAGGACCCACUAUGUAUAAACGGACAGUGUAAGAACACAAACGGCAGCUACGAGUGCUUGUGUUAUGAUGGUUUCAAACAACUCGCCACAGGUAUAGAAUGUGAAGAUAUCAACGAAUGUGCGGCCGACUUCAACAUCUGCGGGCCAGAUGGAAUGUGUGUCAACACCCAGGGAUCUUAUAAAUGUUUCUGUGACGAAGGAUUCAUCCCCAGCAAUGGGGUGGCCACAUUUCGGAUGGAUGACAAUGUAAAAUGUUCAUAUGUGUUCAUAUUGAUAUGGACACCACGGGUGAAGAUAUGGACAUAG